AUGGAUUCCAUUCAGCACAAUAGAUACACACAAUUUCCCAGCCUCAACUAUGGGCCGGACCCCGUCCCCUCACAGGUUUCCGUGGCCUGGAAUCUGGACAGCAGCAUUGAGGUUGAUAAACUGAUCCUAUCAUGGGCAUCCGUAUUAAGCCAUUUGAGCGAAGAGGAAUCACCAGUCAUUCUGAUCGAUGGAACUGCAACGAGAGUACAUCCAAAAAGUGGUCAAUUCGAGAGAGUCCAGGUGGAAAAACUAGACUCUGAUUCGGGUAACUACACAAGCAUAGUCACCGCAGACUCCAUUUCUGGAGAGCAGUGCCAGCUCGAAGUCAGAUAUACCCCAAACCAGCUAAAUGGUUUAAUCAUAUCGAGAGGUUGCAUGAGUGCAGAGUACUUGACUCAGAUUGCUCGACAGCUAGAAAGUCUUUUGCGGGAGCCCCCCAAGCUCUCAGUAGUCAACCCAACACCUCUGAUCUUGCCUGGUCCUCGUCUUUUUCAUGAAAUGGUUCAAAAAACAGGCAGCGAACCAGCAAUAUCAUUUCUAAACGAAAAUGGAGAAAUAGAGGACCUAACUUAUGCGAAUCUUCAUUCUCGCUCGGAGGAGUUGGCAUCUCAUCUGCUACAUACUCUUGCGCCUCUUCCAGCCUCGGGAGAGCAUGGACGAAUCAUACCCGUGCUUCUACCCCAAUCUCUAGAUCUUUAUGUCGCUUGGUUGGCAAUUUUGAAAGCGGGCGCAGCCGUCUGCCCCUUAAAUCUUGAUACCCCGACAGAACGGCUUAAUUUCAUUGUCGGAGAUGUCGACGCACGCGUAGUUGUUACCAUUGAGAAGUUAGCUGGGGCUUUCCAAAAGAUUGCAACUCCAGUCACUGUAGUCACAAUGGAAGACAGCAGGCCUGUGGCCGCUGGCAGCCUUUCAGACGUGAACGUUCGAGAGGAUGACCUGGCAUAUGUCAUGUAUACUUCUGGCUCUACAGGGCUACCUAAAGGAGUAGGGAUCUCUCACCAUGCUGCUGUGCAAGCCUUGCUCGCCCAUAGCGAGAUAAUCCCUAGUUUUAGGAGAUUCCUCCAAUUUGCUGCACCAACGUUUGAUGUAUCAGUCUUUGAGAUUUUCUUCCCGCUUUUCAGAGGUGUAACUCUCGUGGGCUGCAACAGACGGCUAAUGCUAAACGAUCUCCCUGCUAUCAUCAAUAAACUAAACAUCGAUGCUGCCGAACUUACGCCGACAGUCUGUGGAGAACUUCUCCGAUCUCGAGCAGCUACGCCUUGUCUUAAUCUUUUGUUGACAAUUGGUGAGAUGUUGACGAGACAUGUGGUCGAUGAAUUCGGCUCUUCAGAUGAUAGACCUGGGAUAUUGCACGGAAUGUACGGGCCUACCGAAGCCACCAUUCAUUGCACCGCUGUAUCUUCAGUCCGAGCAGGCUCAAUAGUUGGGAAUAUUGGCAUUCCUUUUAAAACGGUAUCUGCGUUUAUUAUUUCAAUGGACCACACGGUUGGUCAGGAACCUGAGAUUCUUCCGAUAGGCCAUGUUGGUGAGCUUGUGGUUGGAGGCCCACAACUCGCCAGGUACUAUCUUAAUCGACCAAAGGAAAACAAAAACGCUUUUAUUGACUCUAAAAGGUACGGCCGCUUAUACCGAACUGGGGACAAAGGCCGUAUGCACCCUAAUGGCGAAAUCCAGUGCAUGGGGCGUAUAUCAACAGGACAGGUCAAGCUCAGAGGCCAACGAAUUGAGCUAGGGGAAAUCGAAAGUGUCCUCUUGAAAGGCCAGUAUGUGAGGAACGCAGCUGUGUGCGUAAUUCACGGUGUCCUUGUUGCUUUCUUGUCCGCCGAUGUCGAACGUUGUACUUCCAAAGACUUGCAACUGAUCUGUCAACGAUCUCUUCCGAAGUUCAUGAUUCCGGGAAACUUCGUAAUCCUUGAUGAACUACCACGCCUUCCGUCUGGUAAGAUUGACAGAAAGGGCCUGCAAGAGGAAUAUAUAAUACAUAAGGGCAUAGGGCAAAGUGAUCCCUCGGAGCUAUCAGGUGAAAUUGAACAGAAAAUUUCUGCGUCGCUCGAACAGCUUUUGGAAUUAUCCGUCGGCCCCACGGCAAGUCUUGCUUCGGUUGGCCUUGACUCCUUAAAGACUAUCAAUCUUGCUUCUUCAUUACGAAAAGAUGGGAUCUUUCUUAAUGCUCUGGAUAUCCUGGAAGCUGACUCCAUUCGUAAAAUGGCCAUGCUUGUAUCGAAAUCACGACCAGAGAUGAUUACGGCUCCUACUGAGAGCGGGGCAUUGGAGACAUGGAAUAUGAUAGUUGAACAAGGAUUGAAUAAACUGAAGGCCACCGAAUACUCUGAGGCACCUCAUGAAAUCAUUCCGUGUAGCCCGACGCAAAUGGGAAUGCUUUUGGAGACUAAAUUAAAUCCAAAGGCAUACUUCAACUCUAUCGAACUGCAAUUCGAUCACGGCAUUUCCCUAGAAGAUGUGAAAGGUGCAUUCUCCAUCACUGUUUCAAACAAUCAAGUUUUGAGAUCUGGAUUUAUCGAAAUAGAUCUUCCAGGCUUCCCAUAUGCACAGGUUGUCUGGGAACAGCUCCAUUCAGAUCAAUUCAGCGAACCACAAAAUUUCGACUACGACCUAGAGUUACAAAAUCAAUGGGAUAUUCUACAUCCGUUUAGGAUCCAGCUUGGUAUUAUUGAUGGAAAAUCCAGGGCAUUGGUGCACAUCCAUCAUUCUUUGUAUGAUGGCUGGUCCUGGGAUCAGAUCAUGCUAGACUUGGCGUCCGCACUUGGGAAUAAACCACCAACAGAAAGGCCGCAAUAUCGGCUCUUUACUCUUUUCCAUAUGAACCAUGCUUCUUCUGAACUACGAGAGCAGGCUAUAAACUACUGGCGGUCUCACCUUGAAGGCUCAUCGCCAUGCUUGUGGCCUAACUUCCAAGAUAGAUCCGAUAUCCCUAAAACUACUGGAGUAGUUGAACAUCAAUUAAACAUUGAUCUAGAUCAACUCGAUUCAUUGGUUCGGGAUUCCCGAGUAAGCCGGCAAAUCAUCUUUCAGGCAGCCAUCGGAUACUUACUUUCAGUUUACAACGGGACCUCAGAUAUAAUCCUAGGGAAUGUGUCCGCUGGUCGUACCCUUCCCAUAGAUGGAAUUGAUAAUAUCGUGGGGCCUUGUAUUUCAACAAUACCCUUGAGAUUUGACCUACAGAAAAUUCGGACUAUCCGUGACUUAUUCGCAAUUCUUCAUAGGCUGAAUAGGAAGGCACUUGCUCAUGGAUUUAUACCUCUUCGAGACAUAAAACAAGUAUCCGGAAUUAAUUUGGCGGACCAGCUGUUUGAUACGCUGUUUGUUUGGCAAGAUACUAUCAACACAAACUGUGGCCCGAUUACUCAAAUCGCAUCAAGAGAUUUCCUUGAAUUCACGUUGACCGUUGACCUUGGGAUUCAAGAUGGUAAAAUACAAGCCAAGGCAACCUUCCAAGAGUCCAUCCUCCCUGCCAGCCAGGUGAUGAUAUUUUUGCAGCAGAUCGAAGGGGUUGCUUUAACCUUCCUUCAAUCCCCGAACACAUUAUUGGAUGAUAUUGCGUCUAAGCUUCCGGACUCUCUACUAUCGAUGGAGAAUACCAUACCACUACCUUUGGAGUCUUUACCAGGUCUCUCUGAUGGUAUUGAACAUAUUGCCAAAAUGGACCCUGAGAGAAUUGCAGUUGAAUUCUUGGACUCUCUAGACCCAGAAACGGGUGCUAUAUCCACGCAGAGCUUGACGUACCUCGAAUUGCAUACAAAAUCCAAUACUCUUGCUAGCCAACUUAGGAACCUUGGAGUUGCUGAGGGUAACUUGGUUGCCGUAUGUCUUGAGAAAUCCCUUGAGCUUUACAUUUCAAUUCUUGCUAUUAUCAAAGCGGGUGCUGGAUACGUGCCAAUGACGCCACAGAUGCCAAUGAUGCGAAUAAAACAUAUUAUUCAGGAAGCAAAUUGUCGGAUUUGUAUCACAGACAGCGAAAUUUCGGCCCAGCUGUCAGAUCUCUCAAAUAUGAAAACUAUACUCGUCGACAAGGACUUAUUGGGAGAAGACGUCAAAUAUGAACUUCCAAAACCUCCCGGCUCCUGCCCUGCGUACGCAGUAUUCACAUCUGGGACCACUGGCACUCCAAAAGGAGUUCUUGUUUCACGCUUUAACCUAGAAAGUAAUAUUGCGGUUUUAUCUGCCCUUUAUCCAGACGCCCCGGAGCCACGAUUACUCCAAGCAUGCUCUCAUGCUUUUGAUGUCUCGGUUUUUGAGAUUUUCUUUACGUGGAGCAAAGGGAUGACUCUAUGUUCAGCGAAGAAUGAUGUUUUAUUCAGAGACAUUGAAUAUACAAUUCGCACAUUGCGAAUUACGCAUCUUAGCUUGACACCAACUGUGGCUGCACUUGUAAGCGCAGUAACGUACCCAGGAUACGGCCCAAGUGAGACCACGAACAUUUGCACGGUCAGGCCGAAUAUGUGCGCAUCUCAUUUUAUAAGCAAUAUCGGGAAGCCUCUGGUAAAUACAUCUGCAUUUGUGCUUGCAGAGGGGGAUGAGUUUUCUCUUGUCCCACGAGGUGCGGUUGGUGAGCUUUGUUUUGGUGGAGACCAGGUGGGAAUUGGAUAUUUGAAUAUGGAGGAGCUUACGUCGCGAAAAUUCAUCACCCAUGAAAAGUACGGCAGGAUAUACAAAUCCGGCGACUAUGGAAGACUGCUUGCUGACGGCUCAAUCACAUUCGCCGGUCGCCGUGAUGACCUAGUUAAGAUUCGAGGCCAGCGCAUUGAAUUGGGAGAAAUAAAUAGUGUUCUGAUGACUGAUGAGAAUGUGAAAGAUUGUGCAACCAUCGUAUAUGAGGGCCAAAACGUUGGUAACCAAGAGUUGAUAUCGUUCUGGGUUCCUGAUAAAUUGAACGCUGAGCAACUUGACCAACGCGAAAAUAAUAAUAUUUUCCAAAGGCUCUUUGACCGUAUCAGUGAUCGUUUGCCUAGUUAUAUGAUCCCUUCCUUUCUCAUACCAAUUGACCAUAUUCCAAUGACGACAAUUGGAACGAAGAUUGAUAAGGGAGCUCUUCGUGAUAUAUUCUUGAACGCUGAUUCUACCCAGCUUGGAGUAUACUCUCGUGGGAAAGAAGAAGAGUGUGUACAGGAGAAUUUGUCUGAGGAUGAAGCCAAAAUUGUGGAAAUCGUCGCACAGGUCACAGGAGCCUCCACGAAAGAAAUCGGGCGGCACACUUCGUUUUAUCGACUAGGUUUUGAUUCAAUGAUAGCGAUUGCUCUCUCAAGGCAAUUGAAACUUGCGGGUUUUGGACAAAUUGACGUCUCGGUCAUUAUGAAAAAUGAUUCUGUGGCUCGACUCACAAGAAAGACACAACAAAAGGUCGAGGCUUCGGUUCUAGACCCGCAACCUCUUCCAACAUUCGAUCAUCUAUUCAGUCCUGACCUGGAGGGCAUGCUUUCUGGCAUUGCAACCGGGAAUGAUGAAUCAUACUACAACCAUCUGAUAUUUGAAAUCAAUACGAACAUUGAGGAUAUGAAAAUGGCCUGGGAGAAGAUGGUUGCAAGACACGACAUGUUACGAACCUGGUUUCGGCAGACAGAUGAUGCUCGUUUUGCGUUCGUCCAGGUUGUGCUGGAGAAAUUAGACAUUACAUGGAAUACUAUUGAAUGUCCAAUGGCAGAUGCUCCAUCAACUCUGGAAAAGAGCAAAUCUACAAUCACUGUCGAGGAAGGGCCUCAUUUGCUAUGCUCAUUUACUGCCGUACAGUGCGUUGAUUCUCCAAAGACAUUCUUACUUUUGUCUAUACACCAUGCCCUAUAUGACGGUGAGGCGAUGGCGAUACUCUUGCAAGAGGUCCAAGAGAAUUUGCUUGGAUCUCAGCUCCCACCGGUCGUUCCUUUUGACCUUUACCUCCAUGAAAUGAUAAAACUUGACAGUGAUUCAACAGACCAGUUCUGGAGUGAUUACCUAAAGGAUUUAUACCCUACCUUAUUCACAUCGCCGUCACCCUUAACCAAGGGAAAAGAGAAAAAAUACCGAGCUACGUCCCAUGUACCUGACAUGCGCCUGGCUGAGAUUGGGCACGUAUGCAAAAGCACCUCUGUGACCACUCUUAGUCUGCUACAGGCAGCCUGGAGUAGGCUCAUUUGCUAUCUUUCGGAUGCUACUGACAUUUGCUUCGGAGACGUGGUAAAUUGCAGGAGUAUAUCCGUAGAGGGAGCUGAGAGGAUUAUCGGUCCGUGCUUCAACACACUACCUGUUAGGACAAGAAUCAAUCAGAAUAUUACAAAUAUGGACCUGAUGCGGAACUUGCAAUCCAACAGGUCUGCCACCCUUCCAUACCAACUCAGUUCAAUGAGGCGGCUUCAAUCACGGUUCGGUCAGCGUGGCCUUAAGAUCUUCGAUUCAUUACUGCUUCUGCAAGGCACACCACUCCGGUUAGAUGAAGCUUUGUGGAGAAUGGUCUCCGAGAGUGGUACUAUGGACUUCCCAAUUAUCUUUGAGAUUGCGCCAAACCCGGAGAACGAUUCUAUGCAAUUUAUUUUUCAUUUUGACGAGGGUCUUAUCCCAUCAACGGACAUUGAAGCUAUAAUUGGAUGCUAUUCUACGCUUUUAAGUCAUACACUCCUCUUCCCAGAGGCUAGGGCAAUGGAUUUCUCCCUUAUCGACUCCACAGGUCACUUAUCCCGAGGCCUAAGUGUCUUCACCAAUGAAGAAAAAGUAAAUGGGGCCCAUAAGACCAGAGGUUACAACUCUAGAGAGUGGGAUGCACGGAGCUUAGAAGUCCGAGACCUGCUCUCCGCAAUGUCAAAGACUGAUAAGAAACAAAUUGAUAUUGAUAUGACCAUAUUUGAGUUAGGCUUGGACAGUAUCAAUGCCAUUCAAAUUGCUGGUCAUUAUAGGAAUAUGGGCUUUGAAGUUUCAGCCGCGGAUAUCCUAGAGGGACCUUCCAUCAGGGAGAUUGCGUUAUUCCUUCAACGGUCGAAAACAAAUGGUUGUACUGCUCAGGCCGUUCAUAACUUUGAUUUCGAAGGCUUCCAGUUGUUACAUUUACCCUCAAUUUGUGAAAGAUUCCGGUUGCCCAAAAGCAGCAUCGAGGCAAUUAGGCCUUGUACUCCACCACAAUCGGGCAUGUUGGCAUCCUUCAUAAACUCAGAGGGAAUGCUUUAUCUUAACAGUCUUACCAUGAGGUCUCCUGUACCGUUGGACCUCCUAGCUUUAAAGGAAGCAUGGGAAAGUACCAUGGAGAGAAACGAGAUGCUGAGAACUGGAUUCUGUGAUGUGAAGGAUGACACAUUCCCAUUCGCAAUGAUAAUUUAUUCCCCAGGAGUCAUGGAACUACCCUGGCAUGAGUGCCCAUCCACAGAUGAGAGCUUUGUAGAAGCUUCAUGUGAAUAUCAGCUUGAUGGAAGAACUAUGCUGAGCCAACUUCACCGCCCUGCUUGGUUCCUUACGAUUAGACAUGGGAAGGAUUCUACGUUGAUGCAACUAUCAGCACAUCAUGCACUUUAUGAUGCUCAUUCCAUGAAUCUUAUGCUCUCAGAGGUGAUAAAACUCUAUGAACGGUCCACCUUACCUCCACCAAUUCCGGUAUCCCCGAUCCUAGGAUUCAUGAUUGAAAAAUUCCAAUCUCUUGAGGCUGAGGCCUACUGGGAAGAGAUAGGUCCAACAUUUAAUGCUACAAAAUUCCCAGAUAUGAACCCUGUUCAUGUUAAAAUGAACGAUAUCCAGUUCCUCUCCCGUGACUGUUCGUAUCCAAUGGAAAAGCUUCAAAUAGGGUGUCGCGAACUUGGUGUUACUUUACAAGCCGUCGGGCAGGCCGCCUGGGCUCGGAUUCUAUCCUCAUACCUUGGAGAGUCUAAUGUGACAUAUGGCCUAGUACUUUCUGGUAGAAAUAUAUCAGAACAGGCACAAGAUACCGCUUUCCCCUGUCUUACAACAGUACCGGCCCAGCAUAAUGUCGAAGGGACAAACCGAGAGUUACUUCAGCAGAUUAUGAAGUCAAACGCCCUGGCAGUGAAACAUCAAUUCACGUCACUAGCAAAGAUUCAACGCCUGAGCAAAUCUGAUUCGCCGCUAUUUGAUACCCUCUUUGUAUUUCAAAAGCUGGUCUCAUCAGAUAGGGAAAAUACGCUAUGGGAAGUAGUUGAGGAGGAGAGCCAAACGGAGUACCCUGUUUCUAUUGAGUUGAUUCCCAACAAUGAUAAACUCAGGCUCGCAGUCACUUACAAAAACCAUCUCCUACCUGAAGGCCAAGCUUCAUUACUCCUAGACGAGCUUGACUGGCUUCUGACCGAUAUUCUGCAAUACCCUGAUUCCACUUCUUCCUCCCUCGACAAUGCGAGCCUCUCAAUUGUGUCCAUUUUACCGAGGAAAGAUUCUAGGAUCGACUGUCCAACUCGACUCUUACAUCAAUUUGUGGAAGCCGGAGCCGCAAACCAUCCGUCUAAAGUGGCACUCGAAUUCGCAGAAAGAUUGAAUGGCCAACUUGUUAUUGAUAGGUGGACAUAUAAGGAGCUGGACGAACAAGGAAAUAAAUACGCCAACCUACUCCAGCAACUUGGGGUGAAACAAGGGACUUUGGUCGGCGUUUCUUUUCAAAAGUGUCCCCAGGCUUAUUUCUCAAUACUUGGUGUUCUCAAAGUUGGAUGUGCCUUCCUAGCAAUUGACCCUGGAGCUCCGAUCGCCCGAAAACAAUUCAUAGUGGAGGAUUCAAGUGCGGAUGUGCUACUUUGUGGUAUAGAGCAGAAAAAUGAGCUAGAAAAUCUCUCUGGCAUCAAAGUAGUGGCAGUGAAUGAAGCUGGUCUUCUUGAUGGAGUUGAUUCAACAGCCCCAACCCUGGAAAUCCCAAUAGACGGUGACUCAACAUGCUAUUGCUUGUAUACUUCAGGAAGUACUGGUACGCCAAAAGGCUGUGAGAUAACGCAUGACAACGCAGUGCAAGCAAUGCUGUCCUUCCAAAGGCUGUUUGCCAAUCAUUGGGACGAAUCAUCUCGAUGGUUCCAGUUUGCCUCGUUUCACUUUGAUGUUAGUGUUCUUGAACAAUACUGGACUUGGAGUGUAGGAAUAUGUUUGACGGCUUGCCCGAGAGAUACUCUGUUUGAAGAUUUUGCAGGAACCCUUCGAGAUCUUUCCAUCACGCAUAUUGACUUGACACCGAGCCUUGCCCAAUUAAUUCGCCCAGAGGAUGUUCCAUCCCUUUGCCGCGGUGUCUUUAUCACAGGGGGUGAAAAGCUAAAACAAGAGAUUCUCGAACACUGGGGUCCUCAUGAGGUUAUUUACAAUGGCUACGGACCAACGGAAGUUACCAUCGGUUGUACCAUGCUUCCACGUGUGACGUCGUUAGAUAAACCAUCUAACAUCGGCCCACAAUUUGAUAAUGUCAGUGGAUAUGUCUUCAAACAAGGCACAAAUACCCCAGUUCUCCGCGGCGCCAUUGGAGAGCUCUGCGUGUCUGGCCCACUUGUGGGUCGCGGUUAUCUGAACAGGCCUCAAUUGACAGCAGAAAAGUUCCAGUAUAUUGAUACCUAUGGAGAAAGGGUCUAUCGAACUGGUGAUUUGGUCCGCAUGAUGCACGAUGGAAGUUUCUGCUUCCUUGGACGUAUUGAUGACCAGGUGAAGCUUCGAGGGCAAAGACUCGAAAUUAAUGAGAUUAACCAUGUCAUAAAGAAUUCGACAGACAAAGUUGGAGAGGUGGUGACAAUGGUGCUCAAACACCCUACGGCAACAAAGGAGCAAAUUGUGUCUUUUGCCACGAUUGCAUCUUCCUCUGCCACAGCUCUUAGCCUAGAUGUUGAUUUUAGUCCUGAGGCUGGGAUGGUUUUGGAACGGAUUCGUCAAGAAUGCCGUGCGCAUUUGCCAGGAUACAUGAUUCCAACUCAUAUAAUCCCGUUGAGAAAAUUCCCCCUGUCUUCCAACAACAAAGUUGAUAAUGCUCAACUGCGUGGGAUAUUCGCGUCUAUGCAACUAAGUGAUAUGCAGGCACUGUCUUCUCAGGAGUUAGAAAGUCCAACUGGAAAUUCAGAAACAAUCAGAGCAAUCGUACCUAUUGUCUCUAAAUUUACAAAGGUUGAGGAGAGUACAAUUUCACCCUCUUCCAACAUUUUUGAGUUAGGGCUGGACUCUAUAUUGGCAAUCUCAUUUGCUCGAGCCCUUCGAGACGCCGGUUUCCCAACAGCGCGCCCGUCCGUGGUGAUGAAGUGUCCAACCCUUUCAAUGUUGGCUUCUGCCAUCGAAUCCCCCGACAUGAACGGCGGGAACGAGAAUCGCCUGUAUGAGGAUGCAAAGCAAAAGAUAGCCGCAUUUGCUCAUAUGCAUAGGGCGCAUCUAGCCAACGAAUUGAAAGUUACUCCUCAAGAUAUCGAGGCAAUCACUCCCUGCACGUCUUUGCAGGAUGGUAUGCUAUAUCAGUGUCUCAGGAACGAAUCUCAUCCCUACUUAACGUCAUUCAAAUUUGAGCUGAAACAUACAGUUGAUGUGCCAAAGCUAAAAGGUGCCUGGCAACGGGCCCAAACUUCUUUCCAACUACUACGAACAAAAUUCCCUCUGACAGAUGAUGGAUACGCUCUGGUUGUACUUAAAGAGGACACUCUACCGUGGUUUGAAUUAACAGCAAUAAAGGAUUCUGACCUCGAAGAUAUGUCAAACGCGCGUUUCAUGGAGUGGAAUCGUGGAUUCGAUAAUUUUGUUGGCCAAGUGUGGGAGAUCGGGGUUAUUUCCAGCCCGACUCACAAAUGGAUGUGCUUGAAUAUAUUCCAUGGUUUAUACGAUGGAAUCAGCCUUCCACUGAUCCUUGACGCAGUUACAAGCGUAUACAAUGGACAGGAAGUAUUGAACACUACUCCAUUUACUGAAGUACUGCCUCUAGGGCCGCUUCUGACUGUGCCUGGUGCUAAAUCGUUCUGGACUCAUCACCUUGAAGGCAUGAGCCAACAGAUGAUACCACGGAUAUCAGGCUCAGAAUCUGGCCCUAUAACUUCAAAGAUUCAGGUCGAUGGCCUACAUGCUCUCGAGAAAACAAGGAGGUUACUAAACGUUACGGAACAAGCCAUGUUCCAUGCCUGUUAUGUUCACGCAUUCGCGAAACAUUUCAAUUAUGUCCCAACUAUGGGUAUUGUGGUGUCUGGAAGAUCAUUUGACUCAGAAGAUGCCGACGCUACAAUUGGACCUUUAUUCAACACUAUUCCUUGCAACAGCUCCAGAUUUGACUGCACUUCCUUUUCUGACCUUGCUAAAGCUUGCCAUGACUACUCUAUCGCAGCCCUCCCUUUCCAACAUACACCGCUGAGAUCAAUAAUGAAGUGGAUAAAUCGAAAUUCACAGAGUCCUCUGUUUGAUGUACUGUUUGUUUUCCAGAAAGAAGAGCGUGGUGCCUCCCAAGCAACUCAAGCUUUAUGGGAGCCUGUAGCAUCUUUCGCAGAGGCUGACUACCCCCUUGCCCUAGAAGUGCAGAGCCAAGGCAACGGAUCCUUCCAAGUGACUGUUGCUGCUCAAGGGGGUAGCUUGACGACUGAUGGCAUUACUGACUUACUCGAACAAUUCAGACUAUCUAUGAAAUUGCUGGCCGAAGAACCCUCUUCAAACCUUGGUAUCUCUGGGGGAUCAAACUUAGAUAAAGCUAUGCCUAGCGGAAUCGAGGAAGAGGUUUCUGAGCAGAAACUAUCCAAUGGCAACGCUACAUUCCAAUGGAGCCCGACAGCCUCCUUGAUUAGGCAAGAAAUAGCAAAGCUAGCUAAUCUCGAUGCGUCUACUAUAACAGAGGGUUCUUCUAUUCUUGAGGUUGGACUGGAUAGCAUAGAUGCCAUCAGGCUCUCUUCACGCUUAAAGCGUGACCACAUAGAUCUGUCAGUGAGCAAUAUCAUGAGGAAUCGAAGUAUUCGAAUGAUGAUGACGGAGAUAACAGUGGAUAAUAACACAGCCAAGAGCAGCCUGGCAUAUUUAAGAUCAUUGGAGUCUGAACUACGACAAUCUUUGGAAGCGGAUGGAAAGGACUUGAAUGAUAUUGAACAUGUCUAUCCUGCGACACCUCUACAAGAGGGAAUGCUUAGUGAAAUGGUAUCAUCUGACGGCCACCACUACUUCAACCAUGAUAUUUUACAGGUUGAAGAAGAUGUGGAUCUCAGCCUGUUGAGAAAAGCAUGGGAGUCUAUUUCUAAUUGUCACCCGAUUUUCCGGACCUCCUUUUCUACAAUAUCUAACCCUAACCUACCGUUCUCUUACGCACAACUCGUUCACAAGUCAGGCGUCGAAAUAGAUUGGGAUAUUACUGACAUUGCAAACAAGCCCGUUGAAUCGAUUCUUGAGGAAGAGCGAGAACGAGCGAUGCAAUUCGUGAUGUCAAAGCCACUGUUCAACGUACGCCUUCUUCGAGAUGGAGCCAAGCUGCUUCUUGUCCUUUCUCUACCUCAUGCAAUGUAUGACGGAUGGUCGCUUAGUCUACUUCAUCAAGAUGUAGCUAGCAGCUACGCAGGCAAAGAUUGCACACGGCCACCCUAUCAAAACGUCCUAGAGCAUAUCAUUGAUUCUUCAAGUGAGGCAGGGCUGCAGUUUUGGAAAGGAGCUCUUACAGAUGCAAAGCCGAGUUUAUUCCCACGGCAACCAGAUGCUGCAAGUCAAGGAUCCUUGGUGUACCGUAAAGAAACUGCUUCCGAUAUCCCACUUCCAGAGGUAUUAAAUUAUUGUAAGAGCUAUGGUGUUACAGUCCAGGCUCUUGGGCUUACGUGCUGGACAAUUGUCCUUGCCAGUUAUCUGAAACGGCUGGAUGUCCUCUUUGGUACUGUGAUGCUUGGAAGAGACACGGAAGAAGCCUCCAACGUUGCCUUCCCAACUAUGAACACUGUUGCGGUUCGUGGGAUUCUUCAUGGGACCGUAUCCGAGAUGCUGGCGUACGUUCAGAAGAAUCUCGGCAACAUGCUGGAACAUCAGCACUAUCCCCUGCGAAAGAUAAAGAACAUGAUGGGAGUCGGGAACAAGGAGCUCUUUGAUACACUUUUCAUCUACCAAAAGAGCCCUGACUCCCGGACGAGCCAAAUCAAGCCGUUAUACCAAUCGAUAAAGAGCGCCUCUGGGGUAGAAUACCCCGUCUGUGUCGAGCUAGAAGCUGUCAAUGACUCCGCCAUAUGGCGCGUUGCCUGCAAAGACACCAUCAUAGGCAGCGAGAAUACCGACAAGCUUGUCUCGCAGCUUUUGCAGGUGUUCAAAGAUAUUGUACACUCUCCAAACAAGCCCACCACAAGCUUCGUUGAGGUCUGGGAACAAAGCCCGCCUCACCCCGGUGUGAGUUCGAAUGGCGUUUCUGUGCCUAAUGGAUCCAACGGCGCCAGCGCCGGGAGUACGUCGUGGUCACCACUUGAAGAGCAAAUCAGGGCGACUCUGUCGUUGGUCGCUGCUGUUCCAAAGGAAGAGAUAACCAGACAUACGACAAUCUUCCACAUUGGAAUUGACAGUAUUAGCGCCAUCAAGGUUUCUUCGUUACUGAGAAGGGAAUCUGUGGUUAUCUCUACGACGGGGACAGCUUCGGGAGAGAAGCCGUUGUCUCUGCGGGUGCCGAGAGAUAGCAUGAUGGACGAACAGCUUAGCAAGUAUGGAAUACAUCCCCAGGACGUCAAGACGCUCCUCCCUGCUACAGCGGGACAGAUAUACAUGCUGGAGAUGUGGAAGAGUUCAAAUGGCAAGCUCUUUUUCCCAGACUUUUUCUAUCGGGUCACCGGCCGCAUCCCGCAAAGCCAAGUGGACAAUGCAUGGGAAGACCUGACGGCUAAGCUGCCUAUUCUAAGAACGACAGUUCUUGCCACCGGUGAUGCUACUACACCUUACGUUCUAGCGGAGCUGAAUCAAGCGAGCAACCCAGUGAUUUGGAGAUCUGAUCUGAGGAUCAAGUCCAAUCGCCAGCAUGUAAAGGCGAGACAGGGCUCUGGCCUUGUCUAUCUGUACGCUUCUCGGACGGAGACAGACACCCUCCUGAUGCUUCAUAUCCACCACGCGCUAUACGACGCCGUGGUACUUCAGCACCUUACAAACGCGCUCGAGUCACUCUUGCAGGAUGCGUCUGCCUCGGUAGACGGCCCUGUGGACCUUGCCGAGUUUAUAUCAUUCAGCAAGGCCGUAUCGUCUGCGGGACAGCAGGAGGCGUUUUGGAAGAGGUAUCUGGGAGAGGGCACGGAGGCAGUCAAGCCUGUGACGGAUGUCCAGGUUGGAUCAGGGCACUAUCACCCGUCUCUCCUGGACGGCACCGGAUGGCUGAACAGGGUCUGCCAGGCCGAAGGGUUAUCGGUGCAGGCUGUGUUCCUGGCCGUCUACUCCAGGGUACAUGUGCGCGAAUUCUGCGUACCGGACGAAAAAGACCUGACGGUUGGUGUCUAUCUGGCCAACCGCUCCCACAACCUGGCCGGCCUUCCUGAGCUUGUCGCGCCAACACUCAACAUUGUACCACUCCGCAUCAAGGGAGCAGGCGCUCGCUCCGUGUUCCAACUGGCGCGGGGCAUCCAAAGCGACCUGCAUGAAAUCGGCUCUGCCGAGAACUGCACAGUGUCACUCGCACAGAUUGCCGAGUGGACUGGGACCAGGGUCGACACGACAGUAAACUUUAUAAAGCUGCCAGAGGCACCAGCACAGGCGCCUAUGGCGAAGAGCGAUGCCCCACAGCUGGCUCAGAUCACAGAGGAAGAAGUUCUCGGCUGGCAGGACAAGGAAUGCAAUGGGGCGGGAGAGGGCACCAAGCUUUGGCUCGAGGAGAUGCUUGGAGUAGCGAGUGGAGUUGAGAACGCAAGAGAUAUCUACAAGCCGUCCGUCGAUGUUGAGGCGGCGGUUAGAAACAACAGGCUUGACGUUGGGGUCUUUGGCCCCAGCAGCGACAGGGCUAUGAGAAUGCUUGACGGGAUCCGGCGCGAGCUGCUCGCUCUGCAGCAUCCAGCGCCAAGUGAGACGCCGUCUGCUUCAUAA